CAUCUAUAUUCAUUUGUCAAUUCAUCGAAUUCGAUAAAAAAUUAUCGUAGUUUUAAAGUUAAUUCCCUGCAAAUGAUAGCGUUAAGUAAUCAAACUUAAUUUUAAUUUAGAGCAAAAUCAGUGUAUAAGAUAAGAAGCCAGUAUACUUAAGAUUUAAACAAAAAUGGCUGAUAUUCUUGAUAUAUUAGACAUUGAACAGCCUGGGACUGCAGAAAUCACCAGAGAUAGCAUUCUUCAUGGUGAUAAAAUGAAAAAGAAGUAUGUGACGGCGAAAGCUGCUCGUAGACCUGAAGGAAUGCAUCGGGAGGUUUUUGCAUUACUAUACAAUGACAACAAAGAUCUGCCUCCACUUUUACCAACUGAUACAGGCAAAGCUUACAAGCAAACCAAAGCAAAGCUUGGUAUGAGAAAGGUAAGGAAAUGGGUGUGGGCUCCGUUUACAAACCCAGCUCGUAAAGAUAAUGCAGUCUUCUAUCAUUGGAAAAGAAAAACAGAUGAAAGUAAAGAAUAUCCAUUUGCGCAAUUUAAUAAGCAAGUUUCAAUACCAUCAUAUUCAGAGUCUGAAUACAAUCAAUAUCUGAAAUCUGAAGAUUGGAGUCAGGCAGAGACGGAUCACUUAAUGGACCUGUGCCAGCGCUUUGAUCUCCGUUUCAUUAUCAUCCAUGAUAGAUGGGAUCGUGCUGCCUUUAGGGAUAGAAGUGUGGAAGACCUAAAGGAGAGAUAUUACAACAUUUGUGGCAUUCUCAGCAAGGUGAAAACAAAUCCUUGGUCAAAUACAGUGACCAUGGUGAAUGGAGAGAAACGGGUAUAUCAUUAUGAUGCAGAACAUGAGAGGAAGAGAAAAGAACAAUUACGACGAUUAUUCGACAGGACCAAAGAACAGAUAGAAGAAGAACAAAUGUUACUGGCUGAAUUGAAGAAAAUCGAAGCCAGAAAACGUGAAAGAGAAAGAAAAACUCAAGAUCUUCAGAAAUUGAUAUCAAGAGCGGAUGGUAACAGUGCUGUGGCUAACCAAACAGCUAUAUCCAAUGAUGGAAUGAACACACCAUCUACAGUGUCUUCGAGCAUUGCUAGACGACAUGACAGAAAACUACAUAAGAAGAAACUUGCUUCACAACAAAGACCUAUGAGAGCUAUUGAAACUGUGACAGUAGAAUGGUCAGGUAUAAAGUUCCCGGAGGCGCGCGGCACGGGCGUGUGGCUGCGCUCGCAGCGCAUGAAGCUGCCUCCUGGUGUAGGACAGCGGAAGACCAAGGCAAUUGAACAGGAAUUGCGACUUAUGAAUAUUGAUGUCGCUCCAACUCCAACGGAGUCUAUAUGCAAACAUUUUAAUGAGCUGCGCUCAGAUCUCGCUUUAGCUAUAGACCUCAAGAACGCUUUGAAUUCGUAUGAAUUUGAAUUGCAAGCAUUAAGACAUCAGUAUGAAGCACUCAAUCCUGGGAAGACAUUGACUAUCCCGCCAUCAUUAUGUAACACGUCUGAAGCUGACACAAAGCCUCUCGGUGAAAUCAUUGAUGUAGUUGGCUCUCCGGGUUCACAUAACAACACCAUCUAGUAUUGCCUCUGCGGAGCUUUUAAUCGGGCUUUGUAAAGACUUGGUGACUGUGAAGUGAUAUUCAUAGUAAAACCUUACCUUAUGAACAAUUUACAUUACAUUAUCCAACUCAUGUAUCAAUUUAAAAUGUUUGCGAUUAUAAUGUAGAUAUUUAAUACACUGUACUUUACUUGGAUCAAUUUGAUUGUUGUCUAUACUAAUGACCGUCUAUACUAAUGACCUGUCCCACCAAAUUAUAAAUUGUCUGAUAACAAAACAAUGUGUAAAAAUAUGUUACGAAAAUAUCAGAAGUGUUCCGUUCUGUCAGUGACGUCAUUUUUAAGAUAUCUGAGCAUCUAUCAGCCAGUUGUGGGAUAGGCCUUUAAUAUUGUAUUGUAGGAA